UUGUUUUCAUCAUUAUUUCGUUUUGUUUUUUUGGAAUGAAUUAAUAAAAAGCAACCAACGACUUUUAAACUUGACUUGAUACGUUCGUCCGUUAUCGAGAUCAACACGCAGCACGUGCUCUCUUCUUCAUUCCAUCCCAUUCAUCUUCCUUCUCCUCUUUCCUUCGAUUAGUUUAGUCUAGUUGUAAUGAUUUUCGUGACGAUUGAUUGAUUUGGAACGACAUGCGGAGAAGAGUACGAGACCGAGAGAUCCCUAUCUGCUGCAUUGUUGAAAACAUAUCGUGACCUGUGGACUUUGGCCGUUUUCACUUCCACGCUCUGUGCGGACGAUAAGACGUUUUCCCUCCAUCUAUUUGUUUGAGCGCGAGAAGAGCGCAACAACCACCCGCAGUCGCGUCGUUUAUUUGUUUUUGUUGUUGUUGUUUAUUUUCGCAUUUGUUUCGCGAUGGUCGCCAUGAACACGACCUCGGUGAUUCUGCGGAGCAUCUUCACCAUCCUCAACAUCACCGCAGAACAGGAGGAGUCCUCUUACAACUAUUACUACAUCAACAUUGGAAAAACCACCAAUGCAACAAGGUGUUACGGGAUCUACGGGUGCUUCGAGCUGUCGCCGCCUUGGACGAGCGAGCAUCGGCCGGUCUCGCUCUUCCCCGAGCAUAUCUCCAAGGUGGAGCCGAAGCUGAUGUACUACACGCGUGAGAAUCCUGAGGUCGGGGUGAAGUUCGAUCUGGACUCGCACGACGUCAUCUACGCGUCGGGUAUCAACCCGAAGAUCUUCACGUACCUCGUCAGCCACGGUUACGUGGAGGGAGGUGGCGCUUCGUGGAUACGCAAGAUGACGGCGGAGCUGCUCAAGAACAGGGAAUGCAACGUGAUCACGGUGGAUUGGCAGGGCGGAUCGAGUCCGCCCUAUUCGCAGGCGGUCGCGAACAUCCGAUUGGUCGGCGCGAUCACCGCCCAUUUCCUCUACGAGUUCGCCCAAUACACGGACGAUCUGCAGCUGGACCACGUCCACUGCAUAGGCCACUCCCUCGGCGCCCACAUGAGCGGUUACGUCGGUUACACCCUGCAAAAGGUGUUCAAUUUAACGCUGGGGCGGAUCACCGGGAUGGAUCCGGCGGAGCCGCACUUUGCGCACGCCCAACGACCGGUGCGUCUGGACAGAUCGGCUGCGAAAUUCGUGGACAUCAUCCACACGGAUGCCACCCAGUUCAUCCGCGGUGGAUUGGGGAUGACCGAAGCCAUCGGACACGUGGAUUUCUAUCCGAACGGCGGUAACGAUCAGCCCGGAUGCAGCAAGAGCGUCCUCCAGUACGCCGUCGAAUUCGGCGGUUUGGUCAAUGGAAUCAAGAAGUUCGUGUCCUGCAAUCACGUCCGAAGCCAUCUGUUGAUGGCCGAGAGCAUCAACACCAAGUGCUCUUUCGUUUCCAUCUCCUGCAAAUCGUACGAUGAUUUCAAGGAAGGUCGAUGUUUCGAGUGCAAUCGCAAUGGACAGCAAUGCCUGAAGAUGGGCUUCAACAGUCAGAAGCAUUACGAAGCAGCGGUGAGAGCGAAACGCGUUGAUCCCAACAACGGUUUGAUUCUCUACUCGAUGACCGGAUCCUCCAGCCCGUUCUGCAAGGCUCAUUAUAAAAUCUCCGUCUUGGUGUCCGACGGAACGGAGAGUCGCGGUCACGGCGGAGAGAUCGGUCAGCUGUGGUUCGUCUUCCACGACACGACCGACGGACGCGGCGAGAAGACCGAAAGGGCCGCCCUGAAUCCGGGUGGAUAUCACGAACCAGGCGCCCUUUACACGGCCGUCGUCCCCGCCGACUUCAUCCACUCGAUCCGGGGCGUCGAAGUCGAAUGGGAUUACCAUAGCAACGUCUUCAAUCCUCUGACGUGGCGCAUCCUCGCCAGCCCUCGCGUCUACAUAUCCAAAAUCAAAAUCGAAGCCUUGGAAACGGCAAACAGAAUUUCCGUGUGUCCGAGGGACGGUAAACCGCUGAUAUCGGGCGCACCGCAGAUGAUGCUUCCCGCGUAUUGCGCAACGUAGGAAGGAAGGAAGUGAUGAAGUCCUUUGUAAAUAAAAGAGACUAUUUAUGGUUAAGAACUCCACUCCACCCGGCAAAAAUAAUUAAUUUAUUGUUUUUUUAUUUCUC